AUGAUCCUCAUGCGGCAUCAGUCCAGCUUCGCCCAUCACUCUACUAUUCAGUUGCAUUCGCCGCGCAAGCUCUUCAGCUGCACCGUUUCGCCUCACACCUUUGUUCGCGUGCUCGAUCCGGACACACUCACCCCGGUCACGCUUAUACGUUCCUCACGCAAGAUUGGCCAUCUCCACUUGUCGACUACACCUUUUCCGCCUUGUGUCUUUGCGGCUCGAGUCUUUACCCGUGACUCGCCAUUUUACUCUCAUUCUCCACUCUUCUCCAUCCUAAAGAUCGACUAG